AUGUUGAUCAUAGUGAACCACUUGGCUGCCUUUGACUCUGGCUCCAGCGUGUCUGGGUUUGUCCAGCUGGUCGGAGGGGUCAGCCCCUGCUCAGGACGUGUGGAGAUCAAUGAUGGGAAUGAGUGGAAAACUGUCUGUGACUCAGACUUUGAUCUCAAAGCUGCCAGCGUGGUCUGCAGGGAGUUCCAGGGAUCUCCCAGGGAACAGCCCUGCACCCAGGCAGAUGGUGCUGGAGUCAGCUGCACACAGUUCACAGGGUUCAGGCUGGUGAAUGGCAGCACAGCAUGUGAGGGGAGGGUGGAGGUGGAUGUGCAGGGCACCUGGGGCACCCUCUGUGACUCCCGCUGGGAUCUCUUGGAUGCUCACGUUCUCUGUCGUCACCUGAACUGUGGCUUUGCUGAGUCCAUUCCUGGAGGAGGGCAUUUUGGGAGAGGCACUGGCCCUGUCUGGAGAGAUUCCUUCCACUGUGAUGGGACUGAAGGCCACCUGGGCCAGUGCCCAGUGACCACCCUGGGGGCCUCUCAGUGCUCCCAUGAGAAGGACGCUGCUGUCAUUUGCUCAGCUGGCUCAGGCUCCCUGCGGCUGGUGGGUGGAGGGAGCCGGUGCGAUGGACGAGUGGAGAUCUCCCAGCGCGGGACGUGGGGCAGGGUCCUGGCUGAGCAAUGGGACCUGCAGGAGGCCAGCGUGGUGUGCCGACAGCUGCGGUGUGGAGAGGCAGAGGCAGCCUACAACCCCCCGAAGCCUCAGAGAGGGCUGGGUCCUGUGGGGCUGCGAGGGGUGCGGUGUGCAGGGCACGAGGCUAGCCUGCAACUCUGCAACACCUCCCUGCCCGAGAGCCUGCUGGCAGCAGGCAUUGUGGAGGACGUGGGGGUCACUUGCUGGGGGAGCCGGCAGGUGCGGCUGGCGAAGGGGCCUGGGCGCUGUGCCGGCAGAGUGGAGAUCUACUACCAGGGCAGCUGGGGCAGCGUCUGCGAUGACGACUGGGACCUGCCCGAUGCCAGCGUCGUUUGCCACCAGUUGGGCUGCGGAGGGGCAGUGAAGGCAGUUGGCUCUGCUCACUUUGGGGAGGGCUCUGGGCAGAUCUGGCUGGAUGGUGUCAACUGCUCCGGGGCUGAAGCUGCUCUCUGGGACUGCCUGGCAGAGCCCUGGGGGCAGCACGACUGUGGGCACAAAGAGGACGCAGGAGUCAUCUGCUCAGAGUUCAUGGCCCUGAGGCUAGAGAACAGCAGCGACUGCUCCGGGCGCCUGCAAGUUUUCUACAACGGGACGUGGGGGAGCGUUUGCUCCAACUCGAUGCCUCCCAAAACUGUGUCCCUGGCAUGCAAGGAGCUGGGCUGUGGGGACAGAGGGGACCUGGAAAUACACUUGCCCUCUGCUAGUGUGUCUGGUCCCGCCUGGCUGGAUCGAGUGGAGUGUGGGGAGGGAAACAGCUCCUUCUGGCAGUGUCCUUCUACUCCCUGGGACCUGCAGUCAUGCGAUAACCUGCGAGAUGAGACCCACAUCAUCUGCAAUGACAGGGAGAAGAUUCGUGCCGUGGGAGGGGAGCACAGGUGCUCGGGCAGAGUGGAGGUCUGGCUGCAGGGCUCCUGGGGCACAGUGUGUGACGACUCCUGGGACAGGCAGGACGCUGAGGUGGCCUGCAGGCAGCUGGGCUGUGGCCCUGCAGUGUCUGCCCUGGGUGAGGCUGCCUUUGGGGAGGGGACAGGCCCCAUCUGGCUGGAGCAGGUGGAGUGCCAGGGCACAGAGUCAUCUCUGCAGGACUGCUGGGCCCGGCCUGGGGACAGUGGUGUCUGCCAGCACAAGGAGGACGCUGGUGUGAAGUGCUCAGGCAUCACCACCGCUGCCAGCGUCCGGCUGGUGAACGGCCCCGACCCCUGCACCGGCCGGCUGGAGGUGCUCCACAACGGCACCUGGGGCACCGUCUGCGACGACCACUGGGACCUGCGCGGUGCCCGCGUGGUCUGCCGGCAGCUGGGCUGCGGCGCGGCGCUGGCCGCCCUGGGCGGGGGGCGCUACGGCCGCGGGCAGGACCCCAUCUGGCUGGACAACGUCCGAUGUGCGGGCACCGAGACUGCCCUCAGCCAGUGCCCGGCACGGCCCUGGGGAGCUCACAACUGUGGGCACGGAGAGGAUGCCAGCGUGGUGUGCUCAGGUAAGGGGCAUGGGGAGGAUGCCAGUACCAGGCUGGUGAAUGGCUCCAGCCCCUGCUCUGGCAGAGUUGAGGUUCUCCACGAGGAGCAGUGGGGCACAGUCUGUGACGACCGCUGGGGGCUGCUGGAUGCCCAGGUGGUGUGCAGGGAGGUUGGCUGUGGCCAGGCUCUGUCAGCUCCUGCUGAAGCCACCUUCGGGCAGGGCUCGGGGCCCAUCUGGUUGGAUGAAGUCAGCUGCAAUGGGACAGAGCCUGCCCUUGGCCUGUGCCAUGCCAGGGCCUGGGGAAGCCACAACUGCAACCAUGGAGAAGAUGCUGGUGUGGAGUGUGCAGGUAGGUGCUGA